CCAUCACCCAGUUAAAACAUACAGGCGUGCUCACACAGAGUGACAGAGCUGUCCCAGAGAGAGCUCAUGGUCGUCCCCGGCACAGAGUGAAGCAACUAGAUCAUCCUUACCUGCUAUGGGACUCUAGCUGCCAGUUUGAUAUUUUGCUUCCUGAACCACAUGUUUUACUCAGUUUAAUCAUUUUGGAGCCAAAAUGAAGACUUUGGAGCAAAUAUUUGCCUUUCACAUGAUUCUGGUCACCUUGGCUUACAGCACACAGAGAGCACCUCAUAUCAUCACUGUGCUAGAAACAGUGGAUGUUCUUCUUGAUCAAAAUGCCACCUUCAUCUGUGAGGUGGAGUCAAGUCCCAGUGCUUCUAUUACAUGGACCAAAAAUAAUCAGCCAAUCAUGUACUUUGACAACCGAUACCUUACCAAGGAGCAGGGCCAGAUGUUGACCAUCCCUCAUGUGAAAGAGUCAGACAGCGGAGAGUACUGCUGCAUUGCCAGCAACGGCAUCGGAGAAGCCGCAAAGAGCUGCGGAGCUCUCCAGCUGAAGAUGAAGCCCCAGAUCAAGCGUCAACCUACCAACGUAACUUUACUGGUGGAAUCUAAAGCAGUGCUGCCCUGUGUUACCCUGGGGAAUCCCAAACCAGAUGUCACCUGGCUCAAGGAUGAUGAGCUUAUCAAGAUCAGCGACCGUGUCACCAUUCUUGAUUAUGGGGCACUAAAAAUUCAUAGGAUCCAGACGGAGGAUGCUGGGAUGUACCGCUGUGUGGCAAAGAACAGCUUUGGUUUGGCCUUUUCAAAGCCUGUCACCAUUGAAGUACAAACUCCGGCACGACUCCUGCGAUUUCCAAAAGAGAAGAGAGCAGAUUAUGGUAGCCAGAUAACCCUGGAGUGCAAUGCCACUGGAAAUCCUAUUCCCACCAUCACCUGGCUGGAAAACGGGAAUACUGUGUCCGGUGCCUCUGUGGAGGAGACUCUGGUGGGAAAUGUAAUCCUCUCCGUCCUUAAAGUAACGGUGACUAAGUCGGCAUUAUACACAUGUGUGGCCUCCAACAGACACAGCGGUGGAGCGAACAAUGUUAAAAAAAGUGCCAGAGUCACUGUUAUAGACUGGAGACAUCAUCAGCAGCAACAGAUACCAGGCAGUCAUAAGGGCAUCACAGGCUACUGCAGUGCAUAUCGUGGAGAUGCGUGUCGAACAAAUCUUCGAGACGACUCUCUGGUUUUCUUCAACUCCUCCCUGUCGGAUCCUGAAGCGAUGCAGGAAUACCUGGUUCAGAGCUGGUUGGCUGAGCUGGAAGGCCUCAGCGGACUGUGCAACCCAGUCGCCCUCUCGCUGCUCUGCCACUCCGCCUUCCCCGACUGCAACCCAUCUGGUGGCUCAGCCCCUAAACCGGUCUGCAGAGAGCACUGCCUGGCAGUGAAGGAGCUCUAUUGCCAUAAGGAGUGGUUGACACUGGAGAGGACUGGGUCAGUUCAGGCUGGACUCUUGAGCUCAGUCACUGGGUCCCAAAUUUUUACUUCACUGCUACCCAACUGUCAGGCCUUACCAAGUCUGUACACUGACCCACAUGGCUGUACAUAUAUCCCCUUUGUAGAUCUCCAAAAAGAUCAGAUAACAACAACAUGUUACGAUGGCAGAGGUCGCUUCUACCAAGGCCAUGUGAAUAUCACAAGAUCUGGAAUACAGUGUCAACCGUGGAACAAACAGGUUCCUCACCAGCACCGCCUAUCGGUGGAUGUCGUUCCAGAGCUGAUGAAUUCUAAUAACCACUGUAGGAAUCCUGGAGGAAUCAGUGACAAGCCUUGGUGUUACACCUCAGAUCCUAAUAUACGCUGGGAAUACUGCGCAGUGCCUCGGUGUGGGGAAAUAAUCACAGCACCAGUGAAGAAGCCAGAGCUCACAGCGCCCGAUCAGAUUCCUCGUCCCCCUCCCACCUCGACGUCAUCAUCGCCAGCCUACUCCAUGUCUGUCAUCGUUAUUGUCCUAACCUCAAUGGGAACCGCGGUCUUCCUCACAAUCAUCAUCCUUGGCUGUCACAGGAGGAGAAAGCAGUGGAGGAACAGAAAGAGAAGAGAGAUUGGGACGCCAACACUGAGCGCUCUUCCAUCUGAGCUCCUGCUGGAUCGACUCCAUCCUAAUCCCAUGUACCAGAGGGUUCCUUUGCUGCUGAACUCAAAGCUGCUGGCCCUCGAGUACCCCCGCAACAAUAUCCAAUAUGUCAGGGACAUCGGCGAGGGAGCGUUUGGACGUGUUUUUCAGGCCAGAGCGCCGGGCCUCCUGCCCACAGAGCCUUUCACCAUGGUGGCUGUGAAGAUGCUGAAAGAGGAAGCCUCAGCCGACAUGCAGAACGACUUCCAGAGGGAGGCGGCGCUCAUGGCCGAAUUCGACCAUCCAAACAUCGUUCGACUCUUGGGUGUCUGUGCUGUGGGUAAGCCCAUGUGUCUGCUGUUUGAAUAUAUGGCCCAAGGGGACCUCAAUGAGUUCCUACGGCGCCGAUCUCCGACCCAGUCUGUGCGCACCAUCAGCCGGGCCAGCCUAUCAGCUCGCAGCUUCUCCUCCGACGGGGAGGCGGCGUCCCUCACCUGUCCCGAGCAACUCUCUGUUUCGAAGCAGAUCGCCGCGGGAAUGGCCUAUCUGUCAGAGCGCAAGUUUGUCCACCGGGACCUGGCGACACGCAACUGCCUGGUUGGAGAAGAAAUGAUUGUGAAGAUUGCAGACUUUGGCCUCUCCAGAAACAUCUAUUCAGCCGAUUACUACAAAGCCAACGAGAACGAUGCAAUCCCCAUCCGCUGGAUGCCCCCGGAGUCGAUUUUCUACAACCGCUAUACAACCGAAUCAGAUGUGUGGGCCUACGGUGUGGUGCUAUGGGAGAUCUUCUCCCACGGGAUGCAGCCGUAUUACGGGAUGGGUCACGAGGAGGUCAUUUACUACGUGAGAGAUGGUCACAUCCUUUCCUGUCCUGAGGACUGUCCCCUGGAGCUGUAUAAUCUGAUGCGUCUGUGCUGGAGCACACACCCAUCAGACAGGCCGAGCUUUAGCAGCAUACACCGGAUACUGGAGCGAAUGCAUCUAAACAGCCUGAGUGCAAAUGCAGCGCCUGAAGCUGACUCAUAAUUUUUUAUUUAAGUGAUUCUUGCAUAAGGGAAAGCAUCAAGGAAACUGGGAUUGUAGUCAGAAUUUCUCACUGAGAACAAGGAUAAACGUAACACUUGAUAAUGUUGACUUUGCUAGUCCUAUUUUUGUUCUGGGGGCAUCAUAUCUUUAAUCCAUAUCCUGUUUUAAUGACAAACUAUGUUUUAUUCAUUCUAUUUUGUUUGAUGUUUUUUUCAUUUUUGAGCCUGAAAUCAUAGAUGAACCAGCCUUAUAUAGGAUAAAUAUUAAAAUAAGAAAAUGUCUCUCUGCUUGAACCACCUGAUUUGAAUUAAUUGCAUAUUAGCAGCCAGUUGCACAACUGGGUGUAAAGCUUAAGAGAUGGUUCAUGACUUCUUUUUUUUUUAAAUGUGUUGUAGUAGUGGGACAUCUAAACCUCCCAGGAUUGGAGUUAUUUCUGAGAUAGAGAACAGAUACAGGGUUACAUUAGAGUACAUGUGCACCAGAUGUCCACACCCAUCUGCAUGUGUAUGUUACAGAGCAGAUCACAGACAAAAAGACCAGUCUGAUUGGAGGACGAUGCAGCAGCAUCUGCAUGCAUUUUUUCUGAUGACAAAACACAAAACUACCAUUCCUCCCAGUGACAAUUUACAGGAUAAACUGAGCUACUC